AUGGCUGGACAAGUGCCAAACCCUGGGGGAUGGUCCCCUACCUCCUCCCCCUCCCCUCCGGACUAUUGGUCAGUCUGUCUUGAUGGUUCAGACACAGCCGUCCACAUCUCUUACCGCAGAGAAUUGUUCAAAAGCCUUGUGCCUAAUAGACGGCGAUUGUCCAGUCCUACCGACGAGGAGCUUUUUUCUGAGUCUAGCGGGACCAUGUCGAUUGAUUGUCCGUCUGAAGGCGGAUGGCAAACUCUUGAGCUUCCCAAUGCUUUAUACGUGCCCCGGAGCAACGACACUUGUCUCUCUAUUUCUAUGCUCUUCAAGCAACAUGCGAACUCACGACUCCAGUUGACGCCUGAAGGUUGUUCAGUUGAGCUCAAUGUGGGCAACGGUGUUAUUCGUCUUCAGGCUGAACCGAAAGGGUGCUUCAGCUUCAGCUUGUCAAAGUUCCCAGGCUUUCUUUCGGGCAUGUCUACUCCUUCAGAGAGAAGCCUUUCGCCCUGGACUUCCCCGUCUAGAGUCGUUGUCAUCUACCUCUAG